AAAGAAAUAAUAUCUCGUCUAAAAAAAAAAACCCACAACAAUAUUCAAUAUUUUAUGAUUUUAAGAGAAAUAAUAUUACAAAAAAAUUAUAAUCCAACAAGGGAAACAACUCAAAUACAAAACAUGUAACUCUAGACAAGCAAACAUUUUAAAAUCAGAUUAAGAAAACAAAAAGUUAACACACUGGAAAAAACAUGGAAAAUGAAAACCAUGAACAUUAACAUGUUUAAGAAAUUAAAAUAUAAUAUAUUCAUCUGUAUUGACAUAGAUGCUUCACUGGUAAUAGAAUAAUUUUUUAAAAUAAAAAUAAUUAAUGAAAUUUCAAAUAAAACAUAGCAUUAAAAGUAAGGUCUAAUUUUGUGUUUUACUUAAAAUUUUAGAUGCCUCGUUCAAAAAGCUGUGGACCUAAAUCAUACGAUUGUUUUAACUGUCAAAGGAGAACUCGCCAGAAAGACAGAUACCCUAUCCACAAGAAGUACAAGUCUCUUCUGUACAAACCUACUGGUAGGACACCAUGUGAAACAGACUCUUUAUGCAACAGAUGUCGCCACAUGUUUGACUCUAUUCUGCGAAGGAAGGAUGACAAGAAAAAGAGCAGCACAUCACUGCAGCAACCUGAGGAAAAGGUCCUUCACCCCUCACAACAGGCUCCAUUCAGUCCGCCUUCGGUUACCCUUCCAUUUCCCUGUACCACCAGAGGUCAUUCUUCAUGUUGCCUAUGCAAGAGACCUGGUCCAAAGCUAGUAGUGGUGCCCGUUGACGUUCGACACAGGAUUUUCAUUUCCCAUGAAAUUGUCAUACCAGCUGGAGCCCGUUGUUGUCCCAAUCAUCUACAGAGAAACAUAGAGAAAAUCAGCCCUUCAGCAGAAACCACUACAGUGAACAGAUCCUACAUAUCUCAGCUCAUAAGAUUUCUAAGAACAGAAGUACUGAAAACUGAGAAGACCAGACUGAGCUUCGACAAUUCAAGUCACCUCAUUGACAGCGACUAUGUUGAUCUUCUAGGAAUUCCGAAAGCUGCUUAUGAUGAUCUCCUGAAAUAUGUGGACGGCAGAGUGAAAAGUACACCAUCAAGAACUGUCAGGACAAGUCUGGCCAUUUUUCUCAUGAAGCUGAGAGGAGGUGAUUCCAACAGGGUUCUUUCUACUCUAUUCAACAUUUCAAAGUCUGGGAUACGAAGAAGCAUUAAGGUCAUUCGCUCUGCUCUCAUUGAUGGAAACUUUGUUAAAGAAAACCUUGGGUUCCAGCACAUCACCAGAGAAGAGAUCAUACACCAACACACUCGUCCACUUGCACAGACCCUCUUUGGAGACAACGCACAGCCACAAGUUAUACUCGUCUUGGAUGGCACAUAUAUCUAUAUCAACAAAAGCAGCAAUUUUAAAUUUCAAAGACAAUCCUUCAGCUUUCAUAAAGGGCGACAACUUGUCAAACCCAUGGUCAUUGUUUCCACUUCAGGGUACUUUCUUUCAGUUUUGGGGCCCUAUUUUGCCAAAGACAAUGAUGCAAGCAUCUUGACCCACAUAAUGAGAAGCAACCUUGAAGAUAUUCGCAAUUGGGUUGAAGAGGAUGACGUCUUCAUUGUGGAUAGGGGGUUCAGAGAUUCUCUGACGUACUUGGAGGAACUUGGAAUUCAAGUCAAAAUGCCCUCAUUUAUGGAAAAAGGGGAGAAACAGUUGUCUACAGAUGCAGCCAAUACAAGUCGUUUAGUAACAAAGAUAAGAUGGGUUGUUGAGAGCGCAAAUGCAAGAAUAAAACAAUGGAAAUACCUCAGUUACAUUUUGCCAUCCAGCCAGAUCCCCUUUAUAGGGGAUUACAUCAGAAUUGUAUGCAGCAUUUGCAACAGGUAUUUGAAACCCCUUGCCAGUGGGAGUGUUGAAGAGGACCAGGCUCUUGGAGCUAAGAUGCUGUUUCUGUCCAAACAGGUCAACCAGCUGAAGGAGCAAGUGGAGGAACAGCAUCUAGACCGCCGGACUGUAUGUUGGAGAGAAGUGAGCGAGGUGGUUGACUUCCCACAGUUGGAUGAGGAGAGGCUGCGUGAACUGACGUGUGGAUGUUACCAGCUCCGUCUAUCCGCAAGCUAUGCUCAAGAGCACAUAGAAGGGGGCUGUACCAUCCAUAUGCACAAGGAGGAGGAGGGACUAUUGAGGAUACCUCUUCAGAGCAGGCACAUUUCUUCAAAAACCUACCAACUCUGGAUUAGGUACAAGGAUGGUGACAUUGUUGCAUGGUAUUGCAAGUGUAGAGCUGGUGCGCGGGUUGUUGGCAUGUGCGCUCACACAGCAUCCAUUGUAUGGUACCUUGGGUAUGCGCGGCACAGAUGUAACCCAGGCAGAAUUGGAGUGCGUGACUGGGGAGAGUUCUUGGAGGAUGCCACAGCAGUGGACGAGUCUGAAGAAAGCGACAGUUCAGGUGAUGAAAGUCCUGUAGAGGAAUAA